GAUAACAUGUUCCACACACACACGCACGCCCGCACGCACGCACACAGGCUAUAAGAGCGGUGAUCAGAGUGUGUGCAGACUGACAGCAUGAUGCAGACGGUGACCUUGUUGCUGCUGCAGGCGGCGUACGUGUUUGGGUGCGGGACCCCUGCUGUGCCACUGCAGCCCGACACCAACAGGGUGGUGAAUGGAGAGGAGGCCCGGCCCCACAGCUGGCCCUGGCAGAUCUCUCUGCAGGUGAAGCACGGCAGCCGCUACCAUCACACCUGUGGAGGGACUCUGAUCGCUCCCCGCUGGGUACUGACAGCUGGACACUGCAUCUGGCCUGGAGAUGUGUACCGGGUGGUUCUGGGGGAACACGAUCAGAGCCAGCAGGAGGGGUCGGAGCAGAUCAGAGAGGUGAUGAGGAUCGUCAGCCAUCCGGACUGGGACAUCGACUUCGUGGCCAGAGGGAAUGACAUGGCCCUGCUGAAGCUGGUUAAGAGCCCCAUCAUGAACGACAGCGUGGGAGUGGCCUGCCUUCCCCCCGCCGGAGAGAUCCUCCCCCACGGGACGCCAUGCUACAUCUCCGGCUGGGGAAACCUCUACACUCACGGGCCGAUGCCGGACCGCCUGCAGCAGGCCUUACUUCCUGUCGUGGGACACAGCGUCUGCAGCCAGAGCGACUGGUGGGGGAUCAAUGUGAAGGACACCAUGGUCUGUGCUGGUGGGGGCGAGGUGUCUGGCUGCAACGGGGACUCGGGGGGGCCGCUCAGCUGCGUCUCUCUGGACGGGCGGUGGUUCGUUCAUGGCGUCACCAGCUUCGUCUCGUCCAGGGUAUGCAACGAGGUCAAGAAGCCCACCGUGUUCACCCGGACCUCGGCCUUCAGCCAGUGGCUCAGCGAGGUCAUGCUGAAGUACUGAGGGUCUUCAGGUCCCAACAGGACCAGUCCCAUGUUCAGACUGGAUGUCGUCCCUAACAGAGUGCUGUCUGAAGAGCUGCACAGUGCAGAUCAUUUAACCUCCACAUGGGGGGGGUGGGGG